UGAAACGUUCAUGCAUACUGAACGUACGAUCCACGGUCCUUCUUUACUUCAAGCUGUCGAUAGACAUUAAGUUACAUUAGGCCGAUAUAUUUUCUUGCUCUCCUUUGCCUUAAACACGUUCUAUGGUAAGUUCAGUGUUCGGAACAGUACCGACGUCGCGUUGAGCUGCAUGGUUUCGCUUUUGCGAAGUUUAUUGGUUUUUCUGCUUGUUUUGAACGACACCGACUGCAGGAAUGUCACUUUGGUGUUCAACGGCCGGUGACCUAGUAGAUUUGAUUAAUUCUGACUGCAGCUCAUCCAGGUUUAGGAGAUUUCUCAGGCACUGCCAAAAUCCAAAUGAAACUGUGGGCGCCAUGAAGCUCACUGCAUUGCACCACGCUGUAUUCAAGCAGAGGUCGGACUGUGUCAAUUGUCUCCUGCAACACCACGUGGAUGUCAACGUGCAGGACUGUUGUGGUUACUCGCCCGUGCAUGUUGCUGCCAAGCACGGGCUGGUAGAGAUGCUCGAGCAGUUGGUGCAACCGGGGACAGAGGCUGACACCAACAGGACGGAUGCCAUCGGCCUCACACCGCUGUCUCUGGCCCUUCAGGAAGGUCACCACGCCUGUGCGGAGGUACUGCUCAGACAUGGCGCGGAUCCGAACUUCUACCACAAACACAUCGGCUAUGAGGUCCAUCGGGUCCCCCUCGACGCGCCUGAAUGCUUGGAGACAUUGUUAAGGUACGGAGCUGACCCUGAGUCCCGAACACCGAAGGGCCUGACAGCGCUGCACGCAGCUGUUGAGGUAGGUCAUCUAAAGUUUGUGGAAAUACUCCUGACUUUAGGUUGUGACGUGCACGCGUGGACUGCUCCCCGAACGCCCGGCAGGCAUAGGCGCAACGCCUUGCAGCUGGCGAUCAUUGGUAACGAGCUCGACAUUACUAGGUGUCUGCUCGCUUAUGGAGCGGACCCGAAUUCCCGCGACCAGCAGGGAAACACGCCACUUCACCACGCAUCAGCCCACCGGGGUGUCCCUUUUAUCCAGCUCUUGCUGGACUACGGUGCCGACAUCCACGCACUGAACGACCGCCAGUAUCAACCGCUUCACCGCGCCUGCUCCGCCGGCAGCGAGCCCGACAUUUUGAAAUUGUUGUUGCGGAGUGGUGCCGAUACAGACGCACUGACCAGUACUGACGACACGCCCCUUCACUGUCUCCUGUCACACUACAUCAACGUACUAAACAUGGAAGAGGUAGAAGAUCGCAACCAGCUGGAUCAAGCUUGCCAGCAGCGUGUACUGGCUUUCAUCAACAAUGGAGGGCGCUUUACCAUCUCCACCGCCAGGGACAACUUCCGCAGCGUGUUGAGCAUGCUCCCCCUACUGACUGCAUUUCCGCAAACCAUCCAACUGCUCGUCGAGGGUGCGAACCGCAUUGAUAUACAGGACAUCAACGAUCUGGUGUUCAGUUUGGUCCAAGAGCCGCUCAAAUCACAGCUGUAGAACAACGCAACGAAUGUCAUUUCCGCCGAGCUGUUAAACUGGCCCAGAUAUUAGCAGGAUGCAAGUAAUCAUAUCGUUGAGUGAUCCCGUAAGUGACUUGAUCCGAUUCAAUCCAGCACCCCGAUUACCAUCCGUCAUUUUGGUAAUAAUUAUCCAUUCCACUCCACUAUCUGGAAAUUGAUGAAACUGUGCACCAUCUCCAAAAAAUCUAACAGAUGGCGCCUAAGCCAGACAUCAUGUCCAUGCAAACCUUCCUUACUCCGUGCAUUUUUUUCCUUUGAAAGGCUAGCAGUGCUGGCUGCCUGCACGUUAACCCGCAUCUAAUGCUCUUAACCCGUUCAGGCUCUCCAACGUCUUCCUGAGUCUUUGCAGAUCAUCGAUUUUCCCGCCAAAUAGCCGACCUGAAAGGACUUGAGCAUCACGAAUAUUUGAAAAGCUGGUAGCUGGCAAAGCGUCAGAGCCAUGACGCAUGGUGAACAUGUUGUAACGUGAAGCACGUUUCAUGGAAUUCUAGCUGGGGAACUUUCAACUUUCAACACCCUGCACGUAGUAUACACGCACAGGUAGUUGUUAUUUCAGUCCAGCCUUUUUAGUUACUUCAGUUACUGCGCGCUAUGGUCAAGUCAAUUUAACCCCUAACCAUCUGACAUUUAGAAAUGUGGGGAAAACAGACCUGCUCAUCAAUAAAAACCUGAAGUGCCAUUAUCGGAAAGAGCUUGUAGAGAGAGAAAAUAUUACGUGGAAUUGUGGAACACAAUUAUAAUUGUAUCCAAACAGGUUUAAUUCUUCCCAUCGACUUAAUGAAAUUAUUAGUAGGGACACAUCAGAUCGAAUUCGUUUCUCCAAAUUCGAAAUCACGCGUUGAAGAAUAGUAUAGAUUUUUCAGUAAUCAACAACAAAGAGUAACAUUUCUUCUUUCUUGUUCUGCCAUCCUCACUGAGGCAUAUAUUAUGGUGUCUUUUGUUUAUCUACAACGGAAAUCGAUGUGAUUCUGUCGCUGUCGUUGUCUGCUGGUCAUGAAGACCCAAAUAAACAUUAUGAACAAUCCAGUAGAUAUGUUUAGUACUUGCGCUUAAAAGAGAACCCCAGCCUUUUCCAAAAAGCAUCGUCCAUUUUUUCUUCAAGUUUACUCAAAUGUGUUUUAAUUUGGCGUUACAGAAAUAAACCAGGGUGAAUAAUUUAAAAACUGUUGGAAAUAUUAGGCUGUUCGGACGAAGAAGCUGUACCGGGGAGAGUAAGAGAAUAAUUGCUGGACAGGUUCUUUUUGCAUGCUUUGUUUUCUGUUUGCUAUCGUUUUAACCCAGAUUUUGCCAGCUCGAGCAAGGAUCAGCUAUCAUUGCCAACAUUCGUAUAAAAGUUAACGGACUGUAGCACCCUUCAACUUCUCAGAGAACUUAAGUUUUGGUUUGCAACAUGAUGAAAUCUAUGCCGAAAGAGCACAAUCAGUCCUGUACUCAUCACAUAUCGACUACUUAAAUCCAGCUGUCGAGAUGUCAGCAAUCGCGCUAAGGGCAGAACAAGUGCGACCUGAAACAGGGCCCAGAAUCUCUCACUAGCAUCGAUUGCUUUCGUAAUAUGAUGCCAUAAAAUGAGCGCUGUUCCUUGGUGUCCGAAUUCAGCUGUUUAGGGUUCUGGUGGAAUACCACGACAUUUCAAAUAGUCUAUCGACUAGCGACCCCGAAACAACUCUUGAGAUUUCUCCAUUUUCAUUGUAAACUAAGUUUCUUUUGUUUUAACUAAUUAAAGUUUCAUGUGACCAUCUUAACACUGUUUGUGUAAUUCAUGCCUUGGCCCUAAUCAACUUAUCUUUUAAUUUUUCUUGGUUGAAGAAGACGUCUUUCCAAACUCGAGACCUCUUUUUGCCGAAUCGUUUCGUGAUUGAUUCUCAUCAGUUUGGGCUCUUCUUCAUCUUCCAAGAUGUCAUUUAGCGCGGUACAAGUGGUUAUA